AUGUUUGAAGUACCUAAACCUAUAAAGAAGGUAUUCGAUACCUUCCCAUUGUAUACAUAUGAUCCUAUUCCUAAUAAUACUCCUUCUAAUUUUCAAUCUAUUGAAUCCAAUAAGUUUUACUUCACUUCCAGCAAUGACCAAGCCAAAGAUAAUGCAUGUUUUACUUUAGGAGUACAUAACAUAUAUCUGGUAAACACAGCUAAUGGAGAAAAGAAAAUACCUUCAGAUCCUAUUUCCUUUGGACAUGCACUAAUUUUAUGUCAUAAAAAUGAUCUUAAAUUACCGAGUUCUGGUGAUAAUGUUGGUUCUAAAUCCAAGCACUCUAUAAUGAAAUUAUCGUAUCAUGCAUCCCCAGAUAAUCAAUUACCAAUACUCAUUGAGGACGACCUCAAGUCGCAGACCCGUAACAUAAGAUCUUCAUUGUCAAUGAACCAAUCUGUUAAAGUGAAUAAUAAUUUUUCUGAGAAUGCUCUGGCCCGUAUAAUUAACGAAUUAGUGGAUACUGAACUUGCUGAUUUAUGGAUAUUGUGUCUCUUGAGUGACUUGCCAAGCUCCAAUCCACUUGUGUUUAACAAAUUGUUUAAGUUAGAUGAAGAAAUUACAAAGUCAACGUUCACUAACAAGAUCACAAUUAUGUCUAUUUUAAAUGAAAUUCCAAGAUGGGGUUCAUUCCACUUAAGAUACUCUUAUUUAUUUGACCACUCUAGAACAAAAUCAUUUAUUAAUAUGCCCCUGAGAUUACUAUCGGAAGAUAUAUUAGAAGUAUUUGCAAAUACGAAUAAUGAAUCUAUCAGAAAGGCGUACAAUGACAAAUUGAAAGAAUUUGAAAUAAAUUUAGAAUUGCUAAUUGAUUAUAUUAAAGAGAGUGAUUCAAACGAACAAAAGAAGAUAAUUGAAUUAAAAUUAGUUGGUUUCAUUAUCAUUAUGGAUUCAUUAUUAAAUACCAAAUUACAUGAGGUUCUUUCUAAGGAAAAAUUUAGUUCCUUCGUGAAGCUUUGCUACGAAAUUAUCGGUAAGUAUUAA